AUGCGCUUCCAGUACUUUCGAGCGAUGUUUUCAGGGGAGAUGCAGGAGGGCAACGCCAGUGAGAUCGAAAUCACGGGUAUACGCCGAGAAAAGUUCCUGCUCAUGCUGAAGGUGUGCGAGAGCAAAGCGCGACAAAUGUUGACGGUCGAGUCCGUGCUCGAAUUGCUAAGACUUUGUGGUCGACACCACGCCGUGGAGCUCAAGAGCGAAUGUGUCGACAUGAUUGCGGCCAACUUCGAUACCGUGUCGAAAACCCAGGCGUUUCAUGAAAUGCUCAGCCACGACCCCGAGUUGGUGUCGGAUCCGCUGAUGUACCGCGCAAUGGCGUAG